AUGGCUGACCAGGAGAUAAACACAGGAAACGGCAUGUACCGGGAGUCGAUCCCGCGGUUACCAGCUCUUCCAGAGAUCCUCAGGGGCAUUGAGCUGGAAGAGCCAAUCGACCGUCUGCCUUCGAUUCGCCAGAUCCUCAGCAGCAGCAGCAGCAGCAGCAGCAGCAGUGGUGGCCCAGCUCGUUCUGCCACAGCCACAGACGCGGUGGUCCGCAGACAAUCCGGCACAGUAUCGCAUCCGACUCCCAGUGAGGCCCGCGCGCACCCUUCCUCCGCAUCCCACCAUCGUCCCGGACAGCCCAGGUUCCAUCGACUUCUUCCGCCGCCAUACGGCUCGUUCUACCCCUCUAGAGCUGCAACAAUUCCUACUCAUCCCCUGCUACUGCAGGCGCCCCGCCACUCCUCCGUUUCCGCAACAACAGCUGGCCCAAAGCUGACGGCCGUACCGGCGACUCCUGUCAUCUUCGUGACCAACCCCAAUGGCGAUCAUCGAGCCUUGCGCGCGGACGAAUACAUCGCUACUUUCCCCGAUCCACCUCCGGUAUACUCAUCCUCUCAACCUGGCAGAUUUCGUAGUGCAGCAGCAGCAGCAGCAGCAGCAGAAGAACAGCAUGGACAAGUCUACGACAUCCUCGCAGAACUCCGAACCAGGAACACCGCGACAGAAUGCCAGUCUUCUCCACCACACCCCAUACUCACCGCGAGUACCUACAAUGCAUUCCCCGCCGAAAAAGACCCAAGAGGCAGGAUGCGCUCAGGAGACUCGCUGGCAGCACUUCCACGCAGGGAAACGGUGACCCAAUUCGUAGACCAACCCGCACGAGCGGCGAGAUGCGAGCUGUGCAAUGGGCGGAAUGAAUCCGGUAUGAGCAGGUGCACGGCGUGCCCGUGGCAGUGCUGUCACGGUUGUACCGUCAAGGAAGGCUAUCUGCGAGAGCACGUCUGGCUGGGUGAGGUGCAUAUCGGGCCGAUCACGCGAGAUGAAUUGCUGGGCAGUGGCGCUGGGAAGGUGACGCCAAAGAAGAAGAACUGGAGAACAUCGAAGAAGAAGGUAAAACCGGAGAGCAGUCAACGCCAUGGUAACGGGUCUGCCAUGCAGAGUCAGAUGCUUGGAAUUGGCACCGGCACCGCUGUAGCCCGGCAGACCGCAUGCGCGAACUAUCAUCCGACUGCAAUUGGAACCAAAGCCUCAACUACUCCGUCAAUCGGCUUCAUCGAAAGUCCCAGCGCACCCGCCAAUUUCAGAACCGCCGAACCGACAGCUUCGACCUACAAUGAGCGCGAGCUGGAGGCCGCCAGCGGUAUACUCGCUCUCCAUCUGAAGACACAUGCCCUGGCCAGCGAAGGGAAAGACUUACGCUUCACUGACAACGCCCGCCACCACGAGGCUUCCUGCGCGAUUGCUGACGCAGUUGUUGCUGAGUACAAGCUAAGCCAUGAUGUGAAAGAGGGCGACUAGGCUCUCAGAUUGAUGGGGGAGGGGGGGUCUAGCUAGAUGCAUAUAGACCUCAGCAGUUUAGCUCAGAGUUGGAUGCAGCUUGGACAAUUGAUGGUUUCUUGCCGUCCCAUACUUUCGUUAUUAACCCCAGGCCCUCAAUUGGCUACUCUUUCUCACAUUUGGCGUUUCCAUCGUUCUUUCAUGCCCAGUCUCCCUGGGUUGACUGUAAA